AUGGCAGAUGGAUCUGUUGAGAGAUACAAGGCCAGAGGAUGGAAUGUGUUCCAGUUGAAUGUUAACAAUGCAUUCCUCCAUGGUGAUCUACAUGAGGAGGUUUAUAUGAAGAUACCUCCAGGUAUUUAUGUCAAUUCUUCUUCCUCUUCCAUUCCUUUGGUUUGCAAACUCAAGAAAUUAUUAUAUGGCCUUAGGCAAGCCUCCAGACAAUGGUUUUCAAAACUGUCUGAAGCUUUGCUCUCUAGAGGCUACAUUUCAAGUCUGAAUGAUUACUCCCUCUUCACCAAGUCUUCUUCUGGUUCUCUAGUGGUUCUGGCAGUAUAUGUUGAUGACAUACUUUUGGCUGAAGAUGACCUCACUGAAAUGAACUCUUUGAAAUCCUAUUUGGAUGAUCAAUUUAAGAUUAAGGAUUUGGGGUUAGUACAUUACUUCUUGGGGCUGGAAAUCACUACUCAUCCUCAAGGCUAUCUCAUGAGCCAACACAAGUAUACAUCCGAUCUCUUCACUGAGUUCAAUUGUCAUCAUUUCUCUCCAGUUGUGACUCCUCUAGAUCCUUCUGUUAAGCUCACUUUGGACAUGGGGGAUCCUCUUCAUGAUCCUAGUCUUUACAGAAGACUUAUUGGGAAACUCAAUUUUUUACAACAUACAAGGCCUGAUAUAUCUUUCUUUGUCCAGCACCUGAGUCAAUUUCUUCAGCAACCUCAGGCCCCUCACAUGUUGGCUGGCCUACAUGUUCUUUGCUAUCUCAUGAAUGAUCCUUCUCAGGGAGUUCUUCUCUCCAAUUCUUCUGAUUAUUCUCUUGCUGGCUAUUCUGAUUCUGAUUGGGCCUCUUCUGCCAUCUCUCGAAAGAGUGUUACUGGGUUUUAUGUGACUCUUGCUGAAGCUGAGUACAGGGCCCUCAGAAAAGUGGUUGCUGAGAUAUCUUGCCAGGCUGCUCUUCAUAUUGCCAAAAAUCCAGUUUUUCAUGAACGUACUAAGCAUAUUGAGAUUGACUGCCAUUAUGUUCGUGAAUGCUUGAAUUCUGGACUAAUUUCUCUACAUUUUAUUUCCAGUGCCAACCAGUUAGCUGACAUCAUGACAAAGGCUUUGUGUGGACAACUUCAUCAUAACAUUCUUGGCAAUCUUGGUGUGUGUUCACUCUCCAGCUUGAGGGGGGGUGUUAGCACUGAUAAAGGAAAAGGGUUGGCCCAAUAG